AUAUUAUUUUAUUUAGCACAUUUAAAAUCAUUAUCAUAAUCUAUUUUACGCAGUGCUUUUUCUUUGUGUGCCGCCAAAUUUUGAAAUCGUAAAAUGUGUGCCGCAACAAAAAAAAGGUUGAGAAUCACUGCUCUAUAGUAAUGACCAUAUAAUAAUAACCUGCCACUACAACGAAAAUUCAAGAUUUCAACCACAUGUUAAAACACUCUCACAUUAUAAUACACGAGCACCAAAUCAACGAUAUCACGAUGAUCCAUUCCAGCAUGUUUGUUGUAUAUAUACAACCAUUGAUCCGAGGUGUGGUGGUGGUGGUGGUGGUGGUGGUGGCAAACAAGCAAACCAAUCUAUAUGAUCGUUAUUUUAAGUUAAUAGCGAUCCAUUGAGAGUUGUCGUCGUGCAACCACCAUCGUUUGCUACCGAUCAUUGUGAAUUAGAAAAGUCGAGCUGUUGCUAUUAUUUGUGCGAAUGAAGAAAAAACUGGCGCGUUUAUUACACUCAAUCAUUCAAGCAUCAAGAAUCGAAUCAUACUGGUUAUUGUGUGUGUGGUUCUAAACACUGAUUUUUCAUACAUCGAGUCCACUCAUCAUCAUAAUCAUAAUCAUCAGGACACUGUAACAUUGGGAAAUUGGAAACGAUCAACAAUGAUGAUCGUAUAUCACUUUUUCGCGUGAUACACUUGGCGUGUUUUUUCACUGAUGAUUCUCAUCUAAUAAUUUUGUUGAUUGUUAAAGCAGUCGCUUGGUUGGUUUUCUCUUGGCUUAUCUUUCUUAGAUGUAUUUCUUUUUCUGGCGUUCCUUUUUCUAUGAUGGUGGUAGUGUGUUGGAUUUUUAUUGGAUUGUAACCUAAACUCUUCCAUUAAAGGCAGCAAUAGAAUAACGAAAAUCUUUUUUGGUGCAUCAUGUACAAUAAACAUACAAAAAUUUGUCAUCACUUUACAUUGUUGAUUGCAUUGCCUAUCUAUUCAUUCACCUAUCUAAUGAUAAGAAUACAAAAGUCUUAAAGCAUUCUAAUCAUUCAUUCAUUCAUCAACUAUACCACAAUCAUAUUAUUAUCUCAAGUUCAUCAUAACCAUCAGCAGGAUUCAUUCAAAUGAAACAUCCAUCCAUCAAUUAGUUGUCAAGUAUAUUGCGAAUUGUCAUCUUGUUUUUUUAAAACACAAUAUAAUCUAUCUUUAUCUUGGUAUACAUAUGUGGUGAUUCUAUUCGUGUGUUUAAAUUGUAAUUAUUCCACAACCCAACCAUAACAAUCAACAAAAAGAUACCUCGGUUUUUUCUUUACAAUUCUUUUUUGAUCGGUUCUCGGUUGACAAGAGAGUAACCUGUUGUUUUUGAUUGCUAAUUCAUCAACAUAAUUACCAGUGUCGUCUGUCAACAACCGAGUGAUAUAAUCACCAUCAUCAUCAAAUAAUUGCCAACUGGAUCAAUAUGGGUAGCUUGCUUAGCCUAUUACAUUUGCAUCGUAAUGCAACGCUUAAAUGUGACAUUUUUGUCGAUUUUGAGAAUGCCCAGCCAACCGAAUCAGAACAAAUGACCUAUACUGUAGUUGAUAAUGCAUUGAAUGAUGCGGCCAAAAUACUCGUCGAUCUACAAACGUAUAAAGGAGCAAGUGCCGAAAUUCGUCAGGCAAUCGAUAAUCCACAUAAUAAGGAGUUACAGAUAAAAACAUGGAAUACUGUUGUACCGUUAGUCAAUCGUUUGAAACGUUUCUAUGAAUUCGCGUUGAGAUUGGAUGAAACUGUGAUGCUUUUAUUAGGCGAACUUUGUUCUGAUUCGAUGCCACCUUUAAAACAUUUAGAAACACAACAAGCAUUGGUUAAACAAUUUAGUUGUCUUUUGGAUUUUGUUCUUAAAUUUGAUGAGCUUAAAAUGCUAAAUCCUUCUAUACAGAAUGAUUUUAGUUUUUAUCGUCGAACAAUCAAUCGUAUUCGUUCACCAAAUCCUAAUCAUAUCAACACCGAUUUGAUGGCCAUUGAAAAUCUAAGCCCAGAGUUUGCUAAUAGGAUGUCGUUGUUUUAUGCAAAUGCCACACCUAUGUUACAUUCUUUAGCGAAUGCAACCCUUAAUUUUGUUACAUCGAAUCCUCAUUUACCCAUUGAAAAUAUAACUGAAACGCUUGGCACAAUGGCAAAAGUAUGUCAACGAAUGAUAGAAAAUCAAGAUUUUUGUUCAAGAUUUCAAAAUGAAGAAACCGUUUAUUUUGUGUUACGAGUCAUGGUUGGCGUCAUCAUUCUCUACGAUCAUGUCCAUCCGAUCGGUGCAUUUGCCAAAACAACCACACAAAUCGAUGUUCGUGGUUCGAUCAAAGUUUUGAAAGAACAACCGCCAACAAUGGUUGAAGGUUUACUCAAUUCACUUCGUUAUACGACAAGACAUUUGAAUGAUGAAACGACGCCUAAAAAUAUCAAAAAUAUGCUUGCCGCUUAAAAAAUUAAAUGAUCGUAAUCGUUGUAAAUUAUAAUUUUUUUUAAUUCUUAAAAAUUCAUAACAUGUUGCCUUCACAUCGAAUUCAAAAAAAGUCAAUUGGAAAAAAUUCCCAUCGAUAUAUUUCUGUAAUAUAAAAAUUCAUCAUCUAUGCUGAUUGUUUCAGUUUGUAUUUAUUUUAAAUUGAUUUUGUUUUGUUAUGGAAAAACAAUGAAACCAUCCACCGUUUAUCUCUUUAUUUCUUGCUUUCAAUUUCUUUUUUAUUCACAUAAUGAAUCCGAAACUAAAUGAAUUGCAUUAAAAAAAAAUUCAAUUUUUA